GCUACGCGGCUCCCACUCAAAGGCCUCCGCCGUGCCCGAGGAUGACAAUGCCAUGAAGUUUCAGGCCGAUUUCUUCGCAUUGCUCUCUGAGAACUCCAGGGAGUGGGAAGGUGCGACGGUGCCUGGGAGCAAUCUCGCUUACUGUCAGUGCGGAUCUGAUGCAUCGGGUUCCGCUUGCCGCAGUUGCGCGAGGGAGACGCCGACGGCAAAAUCCGGCACGAGCUGCUGUGCAAACUGCCGCUGUGGCGUGAAGUGCCUGAAGUACAGGCUGUGGGGCGUGCGAGGAGCCGCCGGCUGGUGUGUGGAAAGGGCAUGCAAGCCUUGCCGCUGA